UAGUGUAAACAGCCGCAGCACAGCCAAACAAAAGGACUAAAGGAUUGAGUUUUUUUCGCCGACUACAUGGAAAAAAGUAAGCAGAAUGCGAAACUACCGUACCGGGAAAAACUUAACAACGAGGCCAGGGACCGUUACUUGGCCAAACUGUCGGAUAUUAACGGCAUAGAUCCCUAUGAUCUCCGGAGCAAAGACUGGAGCUCCGACGUCUCUUCACUGCCUCCGACCUCAUCAGUGGACAUAACCACUUACCUAGUGUUUGGCGUCAGUGCCUACACGUGCGAGGAAUUCAAGGCAUAUAAAUCACUGGAAGCACACGGACAGUUCACAAAUGGCUGGGUUCAGGAUCUGUUUUCCUACCGACCACAGAUGUGCAACAACACAGUUGUUACUGCAAAGGUCAUGCACUCCCAAAGACUAAACGACACACCACUGAAACCCUGGGCCAUCAUUGACCGAUCAGGAGCCAUAUCAUCUGCUCACUGUACAUGUAUGGCUGGGAUAGCAGAGACCUGUACGCAUGUAGCUGCCAUGCUGUUCAAGUUGGAGGCCACUAUCAGAUGCAGGGAGAAAACAACUGUUACAGGAGAGCCUGCAUACUGGAUGAUACCGAACAACAUAAACAAAGUGGGAGCGGAGGUGGGACACAAGAUCAAUUUUACAUCAUCAAAAGCUAAACGGAAAAGCCUAGACCAACUCUUGGAUGGUCAGGCCGAACACAUGCCAGCGCUCAGAACUGUCACAAGCACCUGCACAGGCAACACCAGCACACAGGACCAGUGGAGCGCAUAUCUUUGUGAACUGCAGAAAGCCUCACCUAAAGCUGCUGUUUUGUCUUGUGUACCAGGAUUUUGUGAUUCAUUUGCAGACACAUUACAGCCAUGUCCUGCACCAGAUUCAUUGUCCCGACUGCGUGAUAAAAAAUGGAUUGCAGUGAUUUUGUUGUUUGUGUUCACCAGACAAAUGUAG